GAUGGACAACAAAAAGGCAGCAUCAUUUAUUUUUCUUCGUGUGAGGGCUCAAUUUAGCAUCUUCGAUUUUGUAAGGUAGUAACAUCAUUUUUUAAAUCUCCCUGCGCUAUUUUUCAGCCGCAUCAUUUUUUAAAGCUGUACAUUUGAUUUGGCCUUUAGAAGCAGAGUUGGUGAUGGUGAACGGGACACCUCAAGAUGACCCCUGCCUAUAACAAAGCCAACUACUAGUCACUGUCUGGGGGCCUUUUUAUUCCCAUUCUUGUAGGGUGCUCUUUCUGGACGGUCACGUUUUGUUGUCCCUCCUUUGACUGCGGCCACAAGGCCAAAUAUGGCCCCCAAGUCCCCUCAAUAUGGGCCCGAUUAAUUUUUCAGCGUGGGCCAUCUGUGGGGGUAAAAGUCAGUCAGCUAAAAGUCAUAAAUCUACUGUGCCUGUUCAAUGGGAUGGGGGAGGAAGGGGCACAUCAACGCACAGCAGUAGAAAUAGACUAUAUAGAUAAGAGAAAUUAGACACACGCAGUGUAAAUCUACAAACAAACCAUUUUCUAAUUUACUACGGCGGUAAAUCUUCAUUAGCCUUCUAAUUAACUUUUUCGUUUCAUAUGAUAAAAAGAACUGUGACACGCUCCCGAAAAAGCGACGCCUCCCAUUGGCUGUCCGCAGGGUCACAUGGUUCUCGCGGCCGUCCGUCUAUUUGACAGCCGCGGGAUGGCUUGAUGCCAGAGGGGGGAAAAGGGACAGAGAAGAGGGGAGAGAAAGAAAAAUUAGUAUUCUCCUACCAGCUUUGCUAUAAAUCAAUCAUGGAGUCCUACGUGGUGAGCUGCAAAUAUGCUGAGCCGCAUUUCCCGCCUUGUGAAGAAGAUUACAGUCAUUUCACUGACCAAGGGGGGUAUUAUAACAGCAACCAGGACAGUGGCACGUAUGGAGGGCGAUACCAGGCAGCGGAGCCCCCUCCGCCUCCGUACGCACCCCAGUCAACCGCCUAUGAACACUCCUUGCAGGGGCAUCACCACCGGGAGGAUGCCGAGCAGCUGCCCCAGCAAGGUGCGCCUUUCCCGGGCUACAGGGAGCAGGACGCGGUCGAGAAGGAGGGGUACCCCUUGGCGGCGGAGCUGCAGUGUCAAGCCUGGAUGACAUGCACCAAUAAACCCGCUCAGGUGCAGAGGAGAGGCGCUGGAGGAGGUGGAGGAGGGUGCCAGGCUAAAGACAAGCCGCCCAUUGUGGUCUACCCCUGGAUGAAGAAAGUGCACGUCGCCCACGUCAACCCAAACCACGUGGGCCCCGAACCGAAGCGCCUGCGGACGGCCUACACGCGUCAGCAGGUCCUGGAGCUGGAGAAGGAGUUCCACUUCAGCCGCUACCUGACGCGCCGCCGCCGCGUGGAGGUGGCCCACGCACUGUGCUUGUCAGAGCGCCAAGUCAAGGUGUGGUUCCAGAACCGGCGCAUGCGCUGGAAGAAGGACAAUAAGCUGCCCAACACCAAGGGACGCAGCAAGGCCAAGAAAGCCGUGGGCGGCGGAGGGGACGGCGUGGGCAAGGCGGUCAUCCCGGUGUGAGUUUGGAGGCCCGAACGACGCCUGAGUGACGAUCCAGGGCAACAUUCCCCCUAACUAUCCAUUGGAGGUCCCUCAUUUAGCCUUAUAUUAUAGCCUAGCUUCUUCGUCAUCUUACAUUUCAGCACAUCAUGCCAAAAAGUUCUGGAUCUCCUGGAAGAAUUCCUUUCAUUCUCAUUUCUCUUGGGCCAGAGAUGGUUUGAUUUGAAGAGAACAGGGUUUUUUUAUUAUUAAUAUUAAUAUUAUUUCUACAGGGUAAGCAUAAUACAGGGUUCUAUAUGUGAGGCUUGUAUGCACAUGACCAAAAUGUUUCCACUUUAAGGACAAAAACAGAGGCGCCAAAUGGACUGACUGUUGAUUUUAUUUGCAAGAGCUUCCAAAAGCAAUAGGACGAGUAGCCAUAGCAUGCACAGCUGAGCUCCAAAAGGUGAUUUUCUUGGAGGUUCUUAAUGCAACCAACAUAUUUGUCUCAGGGUUACUUACAGGGUUUCGUCCAUUCUGCACCACAGUAUGCUCACUAUACAAAGAAUAAUGUCAUGUUUGGUUGUUUUAUUGUUUAUUAUUCCAGUAUAGUAUGCUAUUCGCCUCCGUCAGUACUUAUUAUUUUGUAUGUGUAUUGUCUUAAAGCAUAUUUUAUUCUCGGUAGCAAAUGUGUGUUCUUUUGUAUGUGCUCUUUAAAAAAAAAAACGUGAAGAAAUACAACAAUAACCAUUCGUGUAUAAGUUUUUUAUGUGAGAAAUGUUUUUGAUAAAAAAAGGUUAGAUAAGUAAAUAAAAAUAGCUUUAAACUAGACCUUUACCUUUCCCGUUGUAGUGUAUUUUACUAUUUUACUAUACUACAUUUUUACUAUUUUUACUAGACAUGUCAUAUGGUGUAUAGGCAAGAGAGGAAAACAUAUGAGUUUCGGGUGUUAAUUUAAUUGACAAUACAUCAGAAACUGAAUCUACAGUGGUAUGCAAAAGUGGUCCAGCAGCUUUUUUUUUAUUGUUAAGAGCACAAAGUCAGUGACUUCAUUGCUGUUGAAAUUUCCAAAUGCAAACCCAAAGACACACGUCACACAUACAUGUAUUAUACAGGUCACAGUGUGGACACACUUGCACGCAAGUUUAAAGCAGCGUUGGGAGGGGGAAAUGAGCGCCAAUUGAGAGCUGCUUUAAUUGGAGGCUUCCGUUGGAGACAAAUGGGCAGGAAAGAGCAAGCCAAGAGAUUUAUCAAACACUUGAGACUGACCGAAAACAUUUGUGCAGGCCUUAAAUCGGAGACUGUAGCAGCAUAAGAUGGAUAAAUAUGUGCUCUUAUAAAAAAAAAAAUAAUGCGGAAACUAUCACAUGAUGCAAAUCGCCAUGUACAGUUCAUCAAAGUAAAAGUAUUGUUUCAAUACAAACCAGCACCAUAUUCAAUAAACUAGAUACAAGCGAAAAAGGAGAAAAUACAAGAAAUACAGUACCUUCAUUGUACUUUUUUUGUCCAUCUCGCGGAUGCCUGUGGUUUUUGUGGCGGCCUUCCAUUUGGGUUUGUCGGGACAAGGACGCCCUCUUGUGGUAUCAUCGUGAAUUGCAGCUAGACAGGAAAACACAAUGCAACGUGAGAAGCAAUACUAUCCAUUGGAUGAUAAAGCCAAAAUAGAAAAAGUAAAAAACGCCAUAAAUAGUUACCUAGUUUAAACGUUGCUUUUGUUAUGAAAUCGUUAUAUACAUCAUUAUUCAAUAAGUCCUUAGUCAAUAUCAUGCAUUUAUUUACAUUAUAAAUUGUGCCAGUUUUCACUACUGUAUUUAUCAAUUUAUUAUUGUAUUUAUCUAUAAUCUCUAUUUGAGUGUG